CAGUCACUACGAUGAAUCAACCACAUUCAGUAAUCCAGUAACGGGAAGAUCAGAGAUGGAUACAGAUACACCGGACGCACCACAAAUGUAUGCCCCUAACAACCAGCAGAGUGCCCCGCCCAACUCCCAUUACCCAGAAUCCCCACAGAGCCCGACCCUCUCGGUGAAGCCUUCCUUCAAAGAGCGCACCAUUCCCAAGACCGUGGCUCCCAAGGUGAAGCGUCGUGAGGGCGCUGUGGUAUCUAAGGACGGCUGGCUGCAGAAGAAGGAUAGCUCAGGUUUAGGGGUCUGGCGGAAGAGGUGGUGUGUCAUCUCGGACUUUUGUCUCUUCUACUACAAAGGUGCGGAUGAAGUCAAUCAAGCGGGAACUGUAAUGCUACCAAGCUAUAUCAUCAAACCAGUUGAACCUAGGGAUAAAAUCACUAAGAAAUUUGCUUUCAAGUGUGAACACGAUAAUAUGAGGACCUAUUACUUUGCUGCUGAGUCUGAUGAUCUCAUGCAUCAAUGGAUUGACGCUUUAAAUGACGCUUCACAUGUCAACCUGGACAGGGGUUAUGGCAACCAAGAUGAGAUUGACUGGGGUAGCAAUCCAUUGAGGAGCCCCAAGUCACUGCGUCGCAACGAAGACCCGCCCACCAACGGCAACUACCCUAACGGUUCCGCCCACCCAAGGCAGCACUCCCCCAAUCGGUCUGGUACAAGUCCACCUCGGCAAGGGGGAUGGGGAAACUAUGAGGAUAUAGAGUUUGGGUUUAGGCCAGGAGGCGAGACCAGUUUGAAAAAUGGGCUUGGUCCAGACAGGUCCCUCCUACAGCAGUCAUCCAGGGAAUCAUGGGAAGGUUCCCAGCCCCGCAGUAACCAUGACAAUGGCUCAUACAGCUCAAGCCAGGAGGAGAGACGUUCAGGACAGAACAGCCAUCUGUCGCCCCCUAGGUCUCCGAGCUUACACAGUUCAUCGUCAAGAGAUCAUACUAAUAUGGAGGACAAUCCCAAAGAUCCAAACGCAAGCUACAACUAUGUAGAUAUAUCUGAGAUCAAAGAGCGCAAGCGACAGAACCAGCUUGACUCUCAAGGCUCCUACAACGAUGACCCCCGACUAGGUGACCCCCGAUCCGGUCAGCACCAAAGACCAUCGUCCAGGCACCAUGAUGACCGGGGCUCUGUAGGCAGUGGUCACUCAGGAUAUAGGAACGGACGAGAUGAAAUGGACGGAGGACAUCCAUAUCAUGACCCACGGGUUGAGAUCAAUGUCUCCAUGGCAUCGGAUCCUGACCAGUCCUGGGGUCAAAGGUCGGAAGGUCAGAGGUCAAGCAACCCCAGGAGGUCAGAGAGUCGUAGAUCAAAUGCAAGCCAAAGAUCUAUUUCUGAACCAAGUCAACAGCGAGGCCUGGCACCAAUGGAAGAAGUACCAGUGACCAGGGCGAGCACCGAGAGACUGCACUCGGCACCGCGGCGUGAAGAGUCUUCCUACCAGCAGAGUACACCACCAAGGGGUAGGGAACCACCAAUGCAUGACAGGGUACCUCCUCAGCAUGGUAGAAUGCCACCACAGCAUGGAAGAGUGCCAUCAGAUUAUGCAAGGGUACCGCAAGGGCAUGUUCGCUCACCUUCUGAGUAUAGUAGGUCGCCAUCUGAAUAUAGCAGGUCGCCUUCCGAAUACAGUCGGUCACCUUCAGAGUAUAGUAGAGGUCCGCCUCAACAGGGGCGUGGAUCUAGGGGACCACCGCCCCAGCAACAACAUGGGAGGGGACCAGCCCAGCAUGGCAGGGCACCGCAUGAAGCAGGCAUGGCACCGCAUGGCAGGAUGCCUCCACCAGGCCAUGGUAGAGGGCAACCACGCCAGGGACGUGCACCACCACACCAAAGGCAGGAUCAUGUGCGUGUACCGUCCCAUCCAGGACAAGGACGGCCACGGCAAGGUCAAGGACGAGGGUACCCACCUCAAGGCGGUGCACCACACCACCAAGAGAGAAUGCCAGUUCAACAAAGCAGAGCACCACAGGAACACAGCAGGGUACCACCAAACCAGGGUAGGCCGCAUUCAAUGCAUGGUAGACCUCAGCCACAGCAAGAUAGGACACCCUCUAGAGCUAGUACAAUGCCAAGGGAUAUGAGCCCCUCACAUAGUCCAGCAAGAGGAUCGGACCGUGAUUCAAUCGAUGCUGCUCCGACAAGACGAACCUACUCCGCUUCGUCGACGAGUGUGAAUCGUAAUGAUACCCUCAAACGUCAGGAGCUGGAGAAGGAUGAUGAGGUCGCUCCUUUGCAGCCAUUGGGAGCUAGGCAGGCUGCUCCAAAGACUGGUAGAUAUCGCAAGUGGCAACAGAAGACUCAACAGUUCGUUGACCUUUCAACAGGCAUUAGGCUGAGACUGAGUAUAGCUGCUGGGGACCUUGUUGGAAAGUCGCACGAGGAGUUGGUCCUGUUCCUGAUUCAGCUAAGACGUGACAAGGCCAACCUUCAAGAAUGGUUAGCAAUGAUAGACAAUGAACUAACGCUACUCAGGGAUCCAAACAGUUCCAGUGCUAACUCCUCUAGACUUAGACCAAGGAGCAAUGAGUCUCUGCGACGUAGCCCACCAGACCUAAGCGAGGAUGACAAGGAGUAUUACCAAGAGAUACUAACUGAGAGAGAAGACAUCGCAAGAGAACUGGACAUCAGCGCACCUCUUAUAAACCUGGUUGACAACCUAGUUAGGAUGGGAAGUCUGUAUGGUGGAGAUAAUCAUAUGAUUGCCCAAGAGUUUUAUGGGGAUAAAGUCCAGAAGGGCCUUCCUUACUCUCCUCCAAAGAAACUCAUCGAGUUCUCACGGCGUCUUGAAGAGGAAAAACUUGUUCAAGAUCUAGAGGAUGAGCUUCGACAGCUUGAGACCGCUGAGGACGUUGAGCUUCAGGAGAAGUUAGAUCAGCUUUACGACCUGGACAAGACACUUCAAGAGAUCUCAGCAAGAGUUAGUGUUUUGAAAGACGAGAAGGAUAAAAUUGAAAACACUCUUCAGAGGCUUGAUCAGCAAAUCACACAUGACUGGGAUGAUAAAGAAAUGGUUGCUAAGAUUGAAGAACAACAGAGACAGUUGGAGAGGCAAUUAACAAGAGUGAGGGCACAACUAGCACAGGGUACCAAGGAGCUUGAAGAGAUCACAGCUGAAAAUAGUAGGAUAGAACAUGAGGUAGCUCUGAUGAGAUCAGGAAUGGAAGGAAUUAAUGACAUCAAUAGACAAAAGUCGGCUGACUCGGCGAAGGAGAAACUACAGAUGGAACGAGAGGUGAACCACGUCCAGUCCGUCAUGAACAGUCUGGAGCGUCAACGGACGUCGCUGGCCAAUCAGAUGGACACGCUCCGUCGAACACAGGCUACAGGUUCCAAAGGCAAGGUGGUCCAUCGCAAAUCAUCCAGAGAGGCACUUCUCUCCGGUCCAUACGCUGUAACCGACCUUGACACCCUGAAGUCGGUUGACAUCAGUGCCCUACGCAUAGCGCCCUCAACCCAUGAGACGAACAACAACUCCACAUUCGCAGACACGACUCUCGAUGGGUACAGCGAUUCAAAGCAGAGCUUCAACGAUCCUAUGCAGAGUUUUACCGAUACGAAGCAGAGCUUCAGCGAACCUGAACAGCAGUACUUGGACACCAAGCGAAGUAAGCUGGAUUCGCCGAUGACUCAAGCGAUUAGCCCUGGGGUGUAUCCAGCGCAGAAGGGGCAUUAUAACCAAGGUGAUACUAUCUUAGGAAGUGGGGACCCCUUCGCAAGGUACAAUGACUCUUAUGACCCUGCUUUGGGAGAGUACUAUCAGGGAAAGGGUGUUCCAAGAGAGGAUAGUCUUGCUGGGAGGGGAGAUCAGGUUGGGUAUGACCAAAGAGAGUUUAAUCAAGACCAGGAAAGGUAUGACUCGGAUAUGGAGAAGUAUCAGGGUCAGGGUUACGAACCUGAUUUGUCCCAUCGGAGUGACUUUGAUAGGAGCAUUGGUGAUGCUGGCGGUAACGACGUGAACAAUCUUACCAAUGAUUCCAAGGUAUUGGAUGGACAAACCCAGUACAACAUCCCAUCAUUUGACGAUGUGAACGAUCAGUUGUUUGUCAGCCCAGCUAGGGUCGAUGUCAAUGUCUACAGUGGCAAGAGCAACCUUGAGCCGAGGGUUGCAGAGCAAGGUCUCGUCCAGGCGGAAUACAGCAACCCAGUUUACAGUUCACCAAGCUUCUCAAACACCCCGCCCCAGGGAUCAGCAUCGACAGGGAAGGGGAAAGGGUUCUGGUCGACGAAUUUGGAUACGAAGGAGACGCACGUGUACCCAGAGUCUGGAGAACCGCUGUUUGGGGUGGAGAAGGAGGAAGAGGUGAAGAGGAGUAUGGAGAAACCUGUGAUGGAGCCGUUGCCUCAUCCAUACGAUAUGGAUGAAAGCUUUGAACAAAAGUCUCCAGAACCAGUGCAGCCGCCACCUCUGAAAUCACCUGAAGCAAACUCAGACCUCACACCAGUAGGUCUCUUCCACUAUACCUCUCUAUCUCCUAAGAGCUUUGAUCACCAACCCACCAAGAAACAAUCCUCUAAGCAAUCUCUCGACCGUGCCCAUAAUGCCUUGCCCGACUAUGCAACACAACCCCAUGAUGGUUAUACGUCCCCUCCGAACACUAUGAGCAACAGUGCCCCACAGGAUAGGAGCUACUUCACCGAUGUUCCUUCGGGAAACUCUGUCGGGGAUUCCAUGAAGGUCGACGGACCUGCUACUCUGCCGUAUACGAGUAAACAAUGGGAUGACUAUGCCAGCCAGCCGCAGUGGGAUUAUGGUUUCCAAGACAACCAAGCCCCGCCCUCUGAGUCGUCCUACAGAUCGGAUGACAGCAAACCAAAGGAACGCAAGACAUCGCUGUAUGGACCAACGCCAUUUAGAAAGACAUCCGCUGUCGAUCCUCUUAACAAGACUAUCCCAGGUUUCUCAUCGGUGAGUGGAGUGACGAGAAGACGGAAACCAGGAAUGGAUGAGGAGAAGAAGAAUAGGAGAAAGUCAGCGUCGGAGCGUUUAUUAAAUUCUGGAAGUCGGCCUCAUUCUGAGCCUCAGCGAGAUGCUUUCUCUGAUACUGAGAUGGAACCUUCGCCUGUUAUGACUAUCAAACCUGGAAAAUCACCAGUGGCUUUAGCCAAUGAUCUACCCAUGGGUGAACUCCAGAGGGCGCUAAAGACCAAAGACGAAGAGUUGGAAGAGGAGGAGCAACGGAGGCAGUCCAACUAUGUCUACAAGAGUGAUCUGAAGAAUGUGGAAUUUGAUGAGUCAACUGGAGGAGGACUACUUGGUAUCCCGGCGAAAGUCCAUAUCCCAGAAAGAUACAACCCUGCUGAUGAAGACAUGAAUGAGAUUGAGACUGAGACACCAGAAGAAAGGGCUCAGAGGGAACAGAAAGCUAAGAAGAUGGCUAAGAUUCUAUCAUCACAGAGUAUGCAAGAAUGGCACCCUAGGGAAAUCUUGCCAGAAUGGAACGGAGGUGAACCGUCUGUAGACAUGAAGCAGCGUGUAGAACGAGAGAAAGAACUCCGUCAAGAAGUACUUGUCAAGCGACGAGCCCUUGCCCACGAAGUAUCCCAACAGACCAAAGUUCUUGCAGAUUGAAUGCCCUUUAUAGCCCAAAUGAACGCCGUAGCAUAGACCCAACUCACGCACAUCAUGCCAGGACAGCUAAACACAUCCAUUUAAACAACCCUUCCUACCUUCC